CGUGACGGCUGCGUCCCCGGAAGCAGCGGGACGGGAGGGAGGCCGGCGGAGGAGGGCGUCGGAGCAGCCGCCUGGCCACAGCCUCCCGCAGGGCCGGAGAAUGGUGCAGGGCCAGCCGCCCCGCCGCCUGUGAGCCCGGCCGCCGCCUCCGGGUCCCGCCCCGCCCGGGGGCUUCUUCGCCCUGCGCCGCCGGUGGAUCUAAUCAGAAUAAUGUUCAACAUAAACCCUUUGGAGAAUCUGAAGGUUUACAUCAGCAGUCGCCCUCCUCUUGUGGUCUUUAUGAUCAGUGUAAGCGCUAUGGCAAUAGCUUUUCUGACACUGGGUUAUUUCUUUAAAAUCAAGGAGAUCAAGUCACCGGAAAUGACAGAGGACUGGAAUACUUUCCUCUUGAGGUUUAAUGAUUUGGACUUCUGUACAUCAGAGAAUGAAACCUUAAAACAUCUCAUCAAUGAUACCACAACUCCAGAAAGUACAGUGACUAGCGGACAAGCCAGAUCUUCUACACAAUCUCCACAGACUCUUGAGGACUCUGGUCCAGUAAACAUCUCUGUGACAAUCACUCUGACACUGGACCCACUCAAACCAUUUGGCGGGUAUUCCCGUAAUGUCACACACCUAAGUUCCACAAUUUUGGGGCAUCAGAUUGGACUCUCAGGCAGAGAAUCUCACGAGGAGAUAAAUAUUACAUUCACCCUGCCUGCUGCUUGGAAUUCAGAUGACUGUGUUCUCCAUGGUCACUGUGAGCAGGUGGUAUUUACAACCUGUAUGACUGUCUCAGCAGCCAGCAAUGUGUUUCCUGUCACAGUUCAGCCACCGCAUUGUGUUCCUGAGACGUACAGCAAUGCUACCCUCUGGUACAAGAUCUUCACUACAGCCAGGGACUCAAAUACAAAAUAUGCACAAGAUUAUAACCCUUUCUGGUGUUACAAAGGAGCCAUUGGAAAAGUCUAUCAUGCUUUAAAUCCCAAACUAACUGUCAUAGUUCCAGAUGAUGAUCGCUCACUAAUAAACUUGCAUCUCAUGCAUACCAGUUAUUUUCUUUUUGUGAUGGUGAUUACAAUGUUCUGCUAUGCAGUUAUUAAAGGUAGACCAAGCAAACUGAGGCAAAGCAAUACAGAAUUCUGCCCUGAAAAAGGAAACUUCCUACCAAGAGCUGAAUAUCUUUGAAUAUUUGAUAAAUACCAAUUACAAAAUAUCUUCAGAUAUAUUUUGGUGGUCUUUCCAACCUGGAGUCCUCAGAAUGGCAAUGACAGACGUCCUAGCUGCAUAGAGAUAAGUAAUGUGCAAAUAGAGUUGAUUUCAAUUAUACACAAGCUCUUAAUUCUGUAAUUUUUUUUGUUUUACUUCCAGGUUGCUUUGUCAGAAGCAUAAUCCAUCUCCUUUUACUGAAAAUGGCUGAGAACCAUAAUCAUUGCCUGCUGAACCCAGACUGGGUCUUAAGACUUUGUGAAUACAUUAUCUUGCAAUGUUGGUUUAUUCCAACCAAAGACAUUUCAAGUGCCUGUAAUUGAUUUGUACAUAUUUAUAAAAGUAUAUUCAGAUGACGCACUUGUUCCGCACAGUAGUGCGGCGAGAAUCUUUAAAUCUUUACCUGUGGACAUAGCUGAAUGUUUGUGUAGAUAAUAGAUGUGUGUAGUGAUAAGGAUCACGUAGUCAGAGCAAGAUAUUUUUGUCUAGCUGCAUCUGGGCAGGUUAAGAUGCCUUUCCAAAUGUCUCAAACAAUACAAACCCUUUGUUUUUGCCCAAUAAUAUGUACAGCGUGUUUGAAACAGUAUGCAUCUUUGAUAUAAUAUUGCAUUUCCAAAGCCACUGAUCUACUACAUAAAUUCAGUGUGUGUAUGUGGCUUAAUACUUUUUCCAUUUUCUCCUUGCUUGCAAGAAAAGAUAUCAACAUUUCUAGAUUUUUUUUUUUAAGAAAAAUACAUAUUCACAUUUUAAUAUUGCUGUAGUUAGGACAAACUUGUGCUUUUAUCCAGAAUUUAAUAAAAAAGGCAAAGUCUUAUUUUAAAAUCCUUUCUAUUGUAAAGUGCUAAGAUUCACUUUUCAUGGGGCCUGCUGGAAUGGCAGAGCAUUGAUCUGCAUUGGGGUUGUAUGGAAAGCUUUCCACUUACUUUGCCUCCGCUCCACAGCCUUCAAAUCAGCAACUUCCUUGGUAUAAAAUAGCUUUUUAUAACCUGUCUAAAAAGUGGAUUUAAAAAAAAGGAUGCAUUCUAUUAAUAGUCAGUUGUGGCUCCAUAGAGCCUGGUCAAGUGCAAAUAACAAAGGGAAAAGGAAGAUAUAGUAACUUAAAGACCAUUGUAAGUGCUUCAUGUUGGACCUUCCACACAUCUCUAAAGGGCAGCUGAAAAUGACAUAUUUUUAUUAGCUUUGUCUAAUUUUUAUCUACUGUUGUUGUCUUCUGAGGGGAAGAUGACAACUAGUGGGCUAGUCUUGUUGUGAAUAAGUUGAGGGAAACCUUGCCUGAGAAAUUUGUAUUGGUCUUUGUGUCCAUUCUUAAAAUCAGAGCAGACUUGAUUUCUUGGAGUGCUUUUGUUCUGUGGGUUUUUUUCCCAUUUCUGGCUUAUUCUGUCUCCUUCCAGCCUGUCCUCCAGUUACCUUUUUAAUUCUCGUAAGACAGAAGUUUCCUAUAGACACUUCCACCACAGCUUUUAAAAUCUCACUGGUUGCCUUAAUGACCCUUCAUGUCAUCUUUCAGCUUUCCUGUCAGGUAGCGCAAUUCUAAAUGUGGGUGUAUACAUUUUUCUUUGAUACGUUUCACGCUGCCAUGUGAUACAUGAAACCAUAAAUCCAAUUCCAAGACUGUAAUCGCUGAUAUGUUGGCAUAAAAUCCUCUCUGUCUAGACACUGUUGAUUGCACAUUGUUGUGUUCUGCAGACCAUCUUAUAUAUUGUAUAAAAUCACUUUUCUUCAGAAAAUAGUUCCUCAUAUAAUUGUGAUUGCUUUACACAGCGUAUUGGUUAUUUCACUAAAAUGUGUUUUCUCCAGAUACCUUAAGAUUAAACUUUAGAGACAGCCGUUUAAUUUGAAAUCUAUAAAUGAAAUAACUAAGGCUUCUGAUCUUCAGUUGAAGCUACUGUUCACUAGUAAAACUCCACCAAGGAAGCAGUAAAUUUACUAAAUAAAAAUAUGUAGAAAGCUUAAAGUGAAAUUCUAUUCUACUGCUCCUAACUUAUGCAUUCCCCACCUUUUAUUUAGUACUCGUCUUUGAAACUGACUGAGGGGUGGUUCAGAACGGAUAACUGCGGAAGAAGGUUAGUGCUGGUACAGUCAGUACCGGAAAAUGCCCCGAGAACACUUACAUCAUCAUGUAAAGAUACUUUAAAUAAAUCCAAAAUCAAUGCUCUAGUUCAGCAAACUAACGUCAAACCCCAAAAGCCCCAAACAGAACUACCUAGAAAGAAAAACACAAUUGGGUGUGUUGGGGGAACAGGUUUUUAUAGGAGGUGUUUUCGGUAAUUAGAGGGGCCAGCUUAAAAAAUACAUAGUCAAACCCCACAAACAACUGCACUGCAAAUAAACAUUAAGCUCAGAUUGCAACCCACAAAUGCAAGGAGAUUAGCAUUAAGGGCAUAUUUUUCAUUCUUAACUUACCCCUUUGUACCUAGGUAUUGCAGCACAUAGGUGAGGUCACCCAGUAGGCUAAGACUUUAUCGUACUUACGAGUGUUGGAUUGUACCUAGGCACAAUAUACAAAAAUUAAAUGCAGCCAAGCAGAAGGGUAAAAACUUAAUAUUAAAGUGGUUGUUCAGAUCAUAUUGAUCUUUCCUUUUUGUUUUCUUUUUCUUUUUAACUAUGACUUGAAUCAGUUUUGAUUCUAUUUGUAAGUGUUUUCUUGUUGUUAGAAAGCUGCCAUUUCUGUUGCAUUUUUCUUUGGCAUUACAUAGAAAGUCUGAGCCUUGGUUUACAGCCUUCCUCUGCAGGUGAUGUAGGGUUAAGAUGGUAUUUUUAAAAAAAAAACAAAACACAUUUCACUUGUAUUGUUGCAUGAUGGUUAAUAGCAGAUUUGGUAAUGACACUUCUCUCCUAUAUUAAUUUUGUGUUUGUAAGAUGUGCAUAUUGCUUUGCAGAAUAAAAAAAAAAAGUUUA